AGGAAAUUUUCUCAGCAGGCUGUGCGAAGAAUAAAUGCUCUCUCUCAUGAGAGGUGUUGGCAAAAAAUCCGUUUGAAAGAAAGGAACGAUGACACUGGAGCAGAGCUGACAUUGAAAGGUUGGAGUGGCUUCCAAGAGAUUCUUCAAUUCUACAAUCUGAAGUUUUAACUCUUUAAUUCCACUAAGACAGACGUUGUUUUAAAAUGUAUGGAAACAAUGGCCCCUUCUCCUAUUCCCCAAGGGGUUUCUCACAGGAGGACUUCCCUCAGCAGAGGCGGGCUUUCCUACCAGAUGACCUCAAAGGUGCUCCACCGAGAAACAACAUGUCCAGACCCAGUGGAAAGUCCAUAUACAUGCAGAGAAAAGAGUACUCGGAGUCCCUGAACAGAAAAUCUGACAACUUUCACGUCAGAGUGGAGCAUCUGUUCACCUGUGAGCUGGACGGCCAGGAGGUGAAGACAGUGAAUGACUGUGUGGCAAAGCUCAAGAGGUUGGAUGCCAAAGGUCGUGUGUGGCCCCAGGAAAUGAUCAUGGAGGUCGAGGGAGGAUAUCUACUGCUCAGCGACAUUGAGACCAAGACAGAGCUGGAGUCGCUGCCUUUGAGCAGCAUCGUGCGAACCAAAGCUGUAUUGGACAGCUGCGCCUACAACUCUCUGCUGACAAUAACUGUGCAGGAACGCCGCUCUCAGGUCUUUAUGUUCCAGUGUGAGGAGACCGGGGCAGAGCUCAUCAAGAGUGAUCUGGACAAAGCAGUAAAGCGAGGUGGUGAUGAUAUGGAACCACACAGAUACCAGUCUGACAUCAGGAGUCAUCUUGAAAAUAUCAUCGGGCAACAUGCUCCAGGAUAUUUACGGCAGGCUGGACCUCAUGCUGUGGAGCGAGAGAUGACCCUGCCGCCACUGGACCACCCGGCCCCACAGUGGCACAACAGAGAACCAGAGAGUAUGCGUCCCCCAUGGGGCUACACCCCACAGGAAGAAAUGCUGCACCAUCCUGAUCUUCAUGAAUUACAGAGUAGCCCUGAGCAAACAGACGCAGAGAGGAACACGGACAUUUUAAACCAUGUCCUAAAUGAUUUGGAGAUCUUCAUAGGCAAAGUGUCUGCUGCAGCAAAUAGACCUUCGAAACAAAAGGACAAGAGCAAGAAGGAAAAAAAAUCAAAGGAAAAUGGUAAUAUCCUUUUCAAGUCUAUCUCUUUACAGGCACAUGUAAUUAAGGAAGUAAUUAGUGAAGAGCAGCCUCCAAAAGGUACAGAUGAUGGACUGUAUAUAAACAGUACGGAGUACUGUAUUUAUCAUGAUUGUAUCUGUCCUGCAGCACCAGUUGACAGUCUGCCGCCCUGCGAGGAAUAUAUGUCCUGUCUUCAGAAAAUCAAAUAUGGAUUAAAUCUGCUGGGCCAGCUGGACAGGUCACUGACCAACCCCAGUGCUCCUGACUUUGUCCACAUUUUCUUCACUAGUUUAGGCAUGCUAGUGCCUCAGUAUCCUGCAGACCUGCCUCCCGCUGUGCUCUCUCCCCUGCUGACGGAGGCGGCCCUGCGGCUGCUCAGUCAGGUCGUCGGCCCGGAGGAGGACCAACUGUGGAGGUCUCUGGGAGACUCGUGGAACAUCCCCAGGUCUAGAUGGCAGCAUGAUAAUGUCCCACCUUAUAUCCCUGAGUUCUACGAUGGCUGGCAGCCGCCUGCCCCCUCACGCAUACGCUCCCCGCUCCCUUAUCACAACCGUCCAGUGAGCAGGGGCAACGAGCAGCGCUUCCCAUCCGGCCAGCCUAAUGGACAAAUAAAUGAGAGCCAGAGCUACUCACCCAGAGCAAGGCAAUGGCAGCCUGAAGAGCCUGUGACCAAAAGUCUAUUGGGUUCACAUCCACCAACACGCUCCACCGAGCCACACCUGUACAUGCAGGUCAUUUACGACUUCAGGGCCAGAAACAACCGAGAGCUGAGUGUUUUGAAGGGUGAGGUGCUACAGGUGAUUCAGAAAUCCAAGCAAUGGUGGCUUGUUUGUAAUGCUCGCAAUGAGAAAGGAAACGUUCCUCAGAAUGUUUUGGAGCCGAUGAAGAGCGCCGGGCCCAUGGAAAAUCUACCGCGGGAGAUUCGUGGCCCAGUGACUCUGGAUAUGUCCUCCACAUCUGCAGAGGUGAAAGCCUGGCUGCAGUACAAAGGUUUCUCCAAAAUCACUGUGACCAGCCUCGGGGUGCUGACCGGUAAACUCCUUCUGGGGAUGACCAAGGAUGAGAUAAGGACUGUGUGUCCAGAGGAAGGAGGCAAGGUCUUCUUCCAGCUUCAGGCCAUCAAGUCAGCCAUUGCACUCGCAAGCGAACCGUCAGGCCUGUACAAUGGCCGCUACUAACGACCUACUACCCUGCUCCUUCAGUUUCCUCUUAUCCUGAAUUUUCAACCCCAGAUCAACAUCUGGAAUUAAUGGGAUCAAAAUUUGUCCUUUUAUGUAAAAUGAUCUUGCGUGGAUGGCUACUUUCAGCGUGAAUUAAGCUGCAUCAAAUCUUGAUUAAAGUGAAAGUGCUUUUAGUUAAUGAAACUUCUGUGUGUUGUGACAUGUAUGACCAGCAACAACUAAUUAUUAACUAAUUUCUUUCAUUUACAAUGUACUUCUCAUUUCCAUUAAAUUGUGUAAAGUUUUCCUGAUAAUAAAAUAAAAUGUGGGAUAUUUAAGUUCUAUCAAACACUAUUCUUCACACAAUAUCUUGGGUUAAC